GUCUGCAGGGGCAUCAAAGUGACUUUGGACAACAACAGCAUGUGGAAUGAGUUCUUCAGAUGCAAGACUGAGAUGAUUCUCACUAAACAAGGCAGCAGGAUGUUUCCGUAUUGCCGUUUUCGCAUCUCUGGCUUACAGCCAUCCAGGAAAUACUGUUUGAUCAUGGACGUUCAAACUGUAGACAACAGUCGUUACAAGUGGACUGGCAAGGUCUGGCAAGUCUGUGGGAAGGCAGAGUGUCAUGUGAAGAGUCAGCCAUUUGCUCAUCCAGAGUCGCCGUCAGCAGGUCAACACUGGAUGCAGAAUCCGGUGUCCUUCUACAAACUGAAGCUAACAAGCAACAUGUCAGACCAAGAGGGGAACACUAUCCUGCAUCCGAUGCACCGCUACCUGCCACGAUUGCACGUGGUCCAAACUGACAAAGCUGCUAAAGACAUAAAAUUAAAUGGUCCCAAUGUUGUCACAUUUACUUUCCCACAGACUGAGUUCAUGGCAGUCACUGCUUACCAGAACUCACGGUUUACUCAGUUAAAAGUCGACUACAACCCAUUUACCAAAGGACUGAAGGAAGAUGGCUCCAGUUCAUGGGGCCUGAAGCUGAAAUCAAAUAUCAGCAAAGACUCUCACAAAGAUGAAGGCGCAACAACCAACGAGCAACAUCCUGUGAAGAAGAGCUUGAAGUCUUUGCUUGCAAACCAUAAACCUAGAAGCUCAAAAGUAGUUGACUCAAAACCAUCAGCACUAGCUGACCUCCAGAAAAAUGCCACUACGAACAAAGAUCAACCAGCUGCUAAUGUUACAGGGGAGAGUUCUUGCAGGAACUCAGGUUCACCCCAGAAGUUAAUUUCUGAAAUGAUUCGGGAGGCUCAUGUUUCACUGCAAAGAUGCAACCUGGAGCAGCUCAGCAUCAGUUCUGACACCGGUCACAGAACCAAGCAACCCAACACUAAAACUACAGCCUUGAAAGGCAAUGGACCAGAUGUUCCUAAUAGGGACAGCGCGUUCGUCCAAAAGCACAGUGAAACAUCUCCUUUAAAGGAAAGUGAAACUGUUGUAACCAAGAAGAAGGUCAAGGAGGACGGGCACCUUUUGAAUUCAUUGAACUGCAAGGACACAAUUAGGACAGAUGUCAGUGAGGUCAGUCAUAAAUUACCAGUAGCGGCUGGUGCUCUUCCAACAGUGUCACCGAACGUUUCCAUUGACCACAAACAUAAGUCAGAAGCUCAAACAGAGGUGAACAUGAAGCAGCAUAAACGUCCGGCGCCUCUGCCCCUGCCAGCACUCGCUCUUUUUUUGAAGCAGCAUUCAACAAAAUCCAAGAAGGUGAAGAGCAAACCGGAGUCUCCUCCCGCUGCAUUCCCACCUGAAUCCCUGCCAGAAACACCAGGCUGUGCUGCAGCUUCUGGAUGUGCACCGUCUGAUCACACCAACAAUGAAACUAGUCCCAUCCAGGAUCCUACUGGUGAUACUGCAAAACCAGACAACCAGUCCUCUGACAGUGCAGAUCUCCAUCCAGGUGAAGUGGGUUUGAUAGUCCCUGGACCAGCAGUUCAAACGACACUUCAGCUUUCCAGUCCGUCAUGUGAAGAUGUGGGGGCCGCACCAGAUCCAAGGGGAUCAAGAACUGAUGAUUACGUGGCCUCAGUUACACUUCCUGAAAGCUCAGUCUCCCAGCCAACAUUACCACUUAGUACAUCAGUGUUACCCAACUCAGAUCAGCCACUUUGUUCCCUUGGGAUAUCUUUGUCCACCAUUUCCUCAACUCUUGCUACCUCUUCUGCAACUUCGAUUUUGUCACCACCCAUUGACACAGUGUUACCUGACCUGAACACUCCCCAAACACCAACCGUUACUGAGUCUUCCACACUACCUUCAGACCCGAAGUCACCUGAUUCCUUGCUUCCUGACCCCAAGUGUUCACCUUUUGGAUUUGAGUCUUUGUCACCUGCAAGCUCAUCAGACCCUUUACCUCCCUUCCCUGCCGUGAUAGAUUUAGAACUAAGCUCUGCUCCCUCUGAACCAACUCCAGCAGUGGUUCCUCCUGAAGAGUUACUGCUUAAUGAAGACUCUACCGAUUCUGUGUUUAAAUGGCAUACCGUGUUACCUCCUACUGAACAGUACACAGAAACUUCAUUUACUACUUUUCAGUCAACACCACAGACUCUACCGUUAGUAUCUAAUGCGGCACCUUUGUUGCCUUCCCAGUCUCCUUCCCAUCUUGCGUCACAGACUCUCGACACUACAUCCACGCCUCCUCCUGAUCCUACUCCAUCAUUUCAAGAGAACGAACAAUUGCUGCCGUUCCCAGCAGAACUGUCUCCUCUAACUCUUCAGUUGCCACUGUCUCCAACCUUUUCUUCAUUGGAUGGUGAUGCUUUGUCGCCUACGCCUUCAAUCGCUGAACUUGUGCAAUUUUUCUCCACCGAUGAUGAUCUUGGAAUGGAGGUGGAGUUUGCUAACACGGAGGCAGUGCCAGCUCCUUGUCCGCCUCCUAGUACAGUAGAAGCUAAUGCACAUGAUCCUCCUCAGCAAGUGCAACCAGUCCCAGCCCCCAAACCCUGCAAACGCAAGAAGUCGUGGCGGCGAAAGGUGGCCAAGACGGAUGUGGAUCAGACGCUGGAUGAAUCCAUCUACACUAACAUGCAGCCGAGCCUGGAGGAAGUGGAGGAACAAUUAUUUAUCUCGUUCACGUCAAAGGAGGCCCUCAAACUUCACGUUGUGGACUCUCCUGAAGCCGUCGGACCGGCAGCAGAAACAUGCACGGCGCCUGAAGUCCGACAACUAGCAGCGGAGGAAACGGACGAUAUAAACAUGGAUGACAGUUCACUCCCUCACUGCAUCAACCCCAACAACUUCCCUGCCAAACUGUGGCGUCUGGUGACGAACCCGGACAGCCGAGCCAUCAGCUGGGACGGCAGCGGCGAGGUCAUCGUCAUCGAUCAGCGGCUCUUUGAGAAGCACAUCCUGUCUCAAGACGGCGUCGCCUCGGACAACGCCGACGCCUUCAAAACCACCAACUUCUCCAGCUUCGUCCGGCAGCUCAACCUGUACGGCUUCAGGAAGGCGGACGCGUCCGGCUCGGCUCUGACCGGCGCUGGUACGCUGCAUCACUUCUCCAGUCCGAACUUCAAGAGGAACCAUCCGGAGCUCCUGGUGAAUCUCAGGAGACUCACCGUGGACAAUAAAGCCAAACUACAAGCCGGGCUGAAAGUGAACAGUCGGCCGCCGGGUCGACAGCAGCGGAUCAGCGGAGUCGACGAUGAAAGAGGGAAAAGUUUGAAAAGAGUCGAACCUUCGGAGAGUUUUGAGGAUCCGAUCGCCGCGUUUGAGAAGAUUCUGCUGAGAGAUCUGCAGCUGAUGAAACACCGACAGGUCAUCCAUCCGGUUCUGCAGGAAGUUGGGCUGAAGAUGAGCCUGCUGGACGCGUCUCUGUCCAUCGACCUGCAGUAUCUGGGGGUGCGUCUGCCCCUCCCCCCCCCACGGCCCCUCCGCCCCCUCCACCCCCCCCCUGGAGGCAGCGUGGAGCCGCUCAGCAAGGAGCUGCCUCCUGCUCACAACGUUCCCGCUGCGUUUGUGUCCCGAACGGGAAAAACGACCGACGUCACUCAGAUUAAAGGCUGGAGAGAGAAGUUCACUCCUUCAGAGGCUCCGGCUGAAGCGCCUCCACCGUCCAAACCGGAAGCCGUUUGCUCCUCCGACUCCACCAAGAGGAACCUGUCUGCGUUCUGCAGCGACAUGCUGGACGAGUAUCUGGAGAACGAAGGGAAGCUGCUCGACCAGCGCGCCGCCAGCUUCUCCCAGCCGCCGGCGCCGCUGGUCUACGAGCUGCCCACCCGGAGCAGCAGCUACGUUCGGACCCUGGACAGCGUGCUGAAGCAGACCUGCAGCACCCCCACCUCGGACCUCAUCUCUGGGUUCGUCCCCCCCUCCAAGAGACCCAAACUCCCCCCCAAAGAGCCCAAGACGUUCCGCAGAGGAGAGAGGAGGCUGAGAGGUCUGAAACAGAACAAACCCAGACCAGAACCAACAGCUGCUACCAGUGUGGGUCCAGCGGAGUCCAGUCCUGCAGUCAGUGGCCCCCCAGAGCCCACAGACUCCAGCACCGAGGCCCCCAAAGCAAAGAAACACCUGCUGAAAGUCAGAGCAGCACACACAGAUCCGUCCCCUGACCCCCCCCAAGCCCCCACCAGGAGGAAGAGGCUCAAACCCAAGAACUGGUCCCAGACCCUGAGCUCCUCCCAGGGCUCAGAGGACAUGGCCCCGCUGGAGUCGGACUCAGAGCUUGGGGAGGACUCGCCCGGGGGGGGCCGACCCGUGGUGACCCGAGCGCUGCUGAAGCAGAAAGACCUGGAGGACGGCGUGGUGUGGGAGGGCCGCCGCCGCACCUGCAUCACCCGGGAGAGGGCCGCCAUCGCUCUGACAUCACUGUUCACCCUAUCGGGCUUCGUCAGUGAGAACCCGACCGCUCCGAUCCCCCCCCCCUGCAGACGGGCCCCCCCCUGCCUGAACGAGUCCUGCCGGCUCGGCUGCGUCUGCUCCAGUCUGGCCUUCAGCUGCAGGCCGGGUCACUGCGGCCGGCCCGGCUGCAUGUUCGGCUGCAGCUGCCUCAAACAGAAGGUGGUGCUGCUGAAGAACCUGGACGGGUCCGACUCCAGCUCCUCCAACCAGGAGUCCAACAGGAGGAGGAGGAGGAGGAGGAGGAGGAGGAUGAAGAUGGCCUACAUUCUGAAGGAGGCGGACAGCGUUUCCCAGCCUGCCGAGCGGGUCCGGAUUCUGUGGAAGAGGCACAGCGGAGACUCAGAUCCAGAACCGGUCUGCGUCCCUCAGCCCAACUCUGAGUCCUGCUCAGCUGACUCCAGCAGCAGCAGCAGCCUGGACUCCAGCAGCUGUGCUCGGGUCAGAGCUUACCGAGGAAAGAUGAGGAAACAGAAGCAGAAGGAGGCGUCGAAUGACGUGAAGUCUAAAGAUGUGAAGUCUAAAGAAACUCGGCUGAAGUCUCUGAAGAAGACGGACAUGAGUCUUGACAGAGUAAAAACCAAACCCUGCGGUUCUGCCUCAGCACGCGAGCCGGCAGCGACCCCGAAGCCGUCGAAGCGUCUGACCAUCGUGGCUGAGUGCCGCUGGAGGAGCGACGCGGACCGGGACUGCAUGCUGAAGAAGCUCUGCGAGGCGAUGGCUCAGGACCGCCUGAACGAGCCCUUCUGGUUCCGCCGGUACCUGGUGAGCCCGGUCAGUCAGACUGUGGAGGAGAGCAACGGAGAGCGCUGCAUCCAGUAUAAGAUCCACAUCUCCCAGCCCAGACUGGGCCAGAAACCAGCACAGGCUCGGCAGCAGGAGGACCGGACCGGAACCAAACCACAGCGAGAGGAGAAGGAGCUGAAGGAGGAGAAGGAGGUGAAGGAGAAGAAGAAGCUGAAGGAGAAGAAGGAGCUGAAGGAGGAGAAGGAGGUGAAGGAGAAGAAGAAGCUGAAGGAGAAGAAGGAGCUGAAGGAGGUUGAGAGACCUCUGGAGGACUGGCAGCAGGAGGUGAUGGAUGAGGAGGAGCUUCUGGAAGAUUGGCAGCAGGAGGUGGAAGAAGGAGACCUCGAGGAGGAGAAGGAGGAGAAGGAUGAAGGGAGAGAAGUGGAAACAACAGCAGAGAAGAAGAAGCUGCUCAACACGGCGUUGCCCUUCCUGACGGGAAUCUCUCCCGCCGGUUUCCUGUCAGCUGACAGGAAGCAGCCGGGAGGAACCGAUCAGCUGAUCCAGGUGAACGGGAAGCUGUAUCCUCUGGCUAAGAUCCAGCUGGGGAAGAUGGGGGCGCUCCACCCGGCCAAUCGGCUGGCAGCGUACCUGACGGGCCGCGUCGGGUUCAACAGGAAGCAACAAGUUGGACCCCCCCAAACCCAGACUGCAGACCUGUCCCCCCCGGCCCGACCCCCCUCCUCCACCGCCAACCCCCCCCUCAGCACCCCAGCCGUCCCGACAGACUCUGUGAAACCAUCUUCAGGCCUGGCGGCACCUAAAGGCUCUCAGCUGUUGAUGGUUCAGGUCCCGGCGCCUCCGCGGCCCCCGGCCCCAUCCUCCUCCACCACCCCAACCAUGUUCCUGCAGCCGGUCCAGGGCCCAGCAGGGCUCCAGUACUACCGCAGACCUGAUGGGAAACUGGUCCAGCUGUUCCGCAUCGGCCAGCUGAGACCCGUGACCCCCGACCCGAGUCAGCCCGCCCCCCCCUCCUCACUUCCUCAGGCUACACCCAUCACAGCCAGCACGUGCACCUUGAAGAUCUUCCCCCCCUCCGCCUCCAACAAGCAUCAUGUGGUUGUCACGUCCCCUCGGCCUCCGACGUCUGCAGGCUCCUCCCCCUCCCCCUUCUCCCUCUCUGGCCUCCGGUCCUUCUCGUUGCCCCCCCUCCCCCCAAGAUCUGGUCUCCCGGGCCAGAAGAGUACCAUAAAAAUCUUCCCCCCCCCCUCCAACAAGGAUCAUGUGGUCGUCACUAAAGUCCCACCCCCCCCGGCGACAUCAUCAGGCUCCCUCAGGCCUCCUCCCCCGGCGCUUCUCAGCCUCAUCUCCCUCAAACCCUCUGCCGUCCGGGGCACCGAGCCGGGGAUCCAAACUGUGACGGUGUCAGCAGGGGGGUCAGAGGUCAGGCCUGCCUCCCCCCCUGAGCCGGAGCCGGCCUGUGGCACGGGGGACCUGGACAUCAUCUGUGUGGAUGAAGAUAUGGAGGUCGUUACCAGGGACACGGUGGGAGUUGGCCAACAGGUGGGAGGAGCCCAGCAGAUGGGAGGGGCCCAGCAGGUGGGAGGGGGCCAACAGGUGGGAGGGGGCCAGCAGGUGGGAGUUGGCCAACAGGUGGGAGGAGCCCAGCAGAUGGGAGGGGCCCAGGAGGUGGGAGGGGCCCAGGAGGUGGAGGAUCUGGUGAACUCCUCCAGUGAAGAGACGGAGAACUCGUCGGACUUCAGUGACGAGUCAGGCGACCACGGAGAGAAGAACCCCCCCACAAAGAUCAAGCGGCCUCUUCACACUGUGCUGGAGCGGGAGCGGCGAGGGAAGAUCAGUGAGCUGUUCGAUGGUUUGAGGCGCGAGGUCGCACUGACUGAUGAGAAGACGUCGAAGGUCUCCACGCUGAAUAAGGCAGUGCAGCUGAUCCAGGAGCUGAGGACAGCUGAAACGCACCUGAAGAAGAGGAAGAGCAGGCUGAUGAAGAGGAGGGCUGAUUACCUCUCCUUCAUCACUCCGUCAUCAUCAUCAUCCUCAGCAGGAGCAAACGCAGCAGCUGCGUUACACCGUCAGAGGUCACAUGACUCCAUCGAAGUGACGGACAACUCGUCUGACGAUGAUGUUACCGACACAGCGGCAGAAAGUGAUAGGAGAGUGGAGAGGGGUCUGUCGCAGGUCAACCUGCUGGACGAGACGGACGAGCUGACGGACAACUCGUCUGACGAGGAAGCCGCCGUCGCCAAGACGACCAGCGCCGUCGCCAAGACGACCGUCAACAACGAGGAGAAGGCUCGGGGCGUCGCCAUGGAGACGGCAGAGGAGAGUCAGCUGAACACAGCUCAGGAAAGGCUGGCGAGGAUCAUCAGGAACGUGGACUCAAAUCUGAGCGAGAAGCAGCGGAUCUCAGUCGGCUCUCAGCAUCACCUGUUGGAGCAGGCUCGUCAGGAGAUCCGGUCUCUGCAGAGUCAGAUGGACAAUCUGAAAAGUGUCAAGAUCUGUCUGAACCAGCAGAGAGCGGCUCACAUCCGACACCUCGCCCAGUGCUCAGGUAAGAGUGAGCAGAGGAUCUUGAGGAAGCUGCAGCACCUGUCGUCCAAUCAGAGGAAGCAUGAGAGGAUCCAAACAGCCAAUCGGAGAACUGCUUCUGAUAACGAUGCAGCUCCGCCCACCACCUCACCUGUCCCCUCACCUGUUCAGCAGACCUUCAGUCAUUGCGUCGUGAAUGUGUCCCAGCCCGCCCCCGCCGCAUCCCACAAUGCACCUGUGCAGAGGGACCGGCCGAGGACGAUCCCCAACAUCCUGUCCCGCAGCAAGACCCCGACGCCGACGUCACCGCAGAAAGCGACCCCGGCGGCGGCAUCUUCCUUUCACACUGUGGUUCCCACUGAGGUUCUGUCAUUGGUUGGCACAGCGUUGCCGGGGCAACAGAUCCUGACCCUGAGUCCGCUGAUGGCGGGACCGACAGUGCUGCAGCCCCCCACCCCAGGCGUGGCCUCAGUCACUCUCAACAUUCCCAGUUUGACCAAUCAGCAGAUACAUCUCACCUCGUUGCCCCGCCCACCGACCGGUAAGAUCUACAGCAGCUCCGCCCCCUUCAUCGUCACUAACCUAGCAGCUGCAAACCUCAACAACCUGCUGCACCUCGUUCAUCCCCCACGACAACCGUCACCACGACAACCGUCACCACCACCACCACAGCAAGAGAAAGCUCCUCCUCGCCCUGCGGACAUCUCUGAUUGGCCGUCAGACCAGAGUAAAGAUCAGGACGGCUCCGACAUCACAUCUGAAUUCUGCUCGUCUGCACCCGCUGCUCAGGAACCGCCGUCCUCCUCGGAGUCCUCGAGGUCGAGCGCCGCCCGUCAUGCUGAUGUAUCGGGGCCUGUGGGGGCGGGGCCUGUGGGGGCGGGGCCACAGCAGGACGCAGACUACGAGAAUCUGACGUCUCUUCUUGAUGAUAUCGUCUUCCUCAACGGACAGGCGUUACCGGGGAAACCAGAACAGGACGUCCCGGAGGGCGGCGAGGGGCGGGGCCAAAGCCCGUGGCUCUUGCAGCUGGACUCAGACUCUGACGACACCGUCGCCACGGAGACGGAGGAGGCGGGGCUUAACGGACACUCAGAGGCGCUGCAGGAGGGAGCGGGUUCAGGCGGCGUUUUGGCCCCGCCCCCCCUGCUGCAGAUGAAGGUGGGCGGGGCCAAAAGGGCAGAGCCCGCCAGCAGUGCCAGCGUGGCGGGGGGGGGAGGGGCGGCGCCGCCGCAGAGGAAGGGCGGCGUGGCGUGGAGGCCGAUGCCGAGGCUGGUGCCUCUGGGGCUGAGAGGAGCCCCGCCCAGCUGAUGAUGUCACAGCAGCCACAGUUUGUUUUCCAAUUUCCUGUAAAGCAGAAAACGUGUCACGCCAUCCGGCCAAUCGGAAGCUCUGCUGUUGCCGCGACGAUGAUUCCGACAUUUCUUUGUUUACAGAUCUGAGAUUAACGCUUUUAUUUAUUUUGUCCGCAUCAUCAGCGCCGUCCUCCGCGGCAUCACGUAACCACGGCAACUUCUGAGGCAGCAGGCGAUUGGUUGUUUGGACGUUUCUGAGACGUUUUGAUGUUCAGACGAGUUUUUAUUUGUUAACAUCGGUUGUUUCUGAUUGGCUGCUGGACAGGAAACUAUAAACUGAGCGUGUCUAGAGAGAAAACGUUUGGAUUCGACUCAAAACAUUUGAAGCGAGUUUUAAAAGAUAAAAAAACAGCGAAGAAGAAGAGUCAACACGUAAAAACCACUGAAGAAGAAGAAGCCUCAGCACGCCGCAUGCUAACGUUUAAUCUCAUGAUGACAUCACAGUUUACUGAGUCAGCUCGUUAACGCUGCUUUAAUGAACUAACAUUAACAGUGAACGUCUCAUUAAAGGUUCGGAGUCGAUGUUUCAAUAAGUUUCCUGUUUGUU